GUAUGGCAUAUGCCUUGCUAGCGGCCGUUCCUCCAGUUUUUGGCCUUUACUCCUCCUUCUACCCUGUCCUCAUCUACUUCAUCUUUGGCACAUCCAAGCACAUCUCAAUAGGAACAUUUGCAGUGAUUAGUGUAAUGCUCGGCGGGGUGACAGAGCGAUUAGCCCCAGACUCAAACUUUAUGAGGUGGAACAAUGUGACCAACGAGAAACGGAUCCGAGUGGCUACUGCCGUUACUUUCUUAGCAGGAUUAUUUCAGAUCCUGCUCGGCCUGGUCCAUUUUGGAUUUGUGGUGACCUACCUGUCAGAGCCACUGGUCCGAGGUUACACCACAGGCGCUGCAAUCCAUGUUAUUGUGUCUCAGCUCAAAUACAUCUUUGGAAUCAGCCCCUUCAGACACAGCGGACCUCUCUCCUUGAUAUAUACAGUGCUGGAGAUAUGUUAUUUAAUUCCAAAGACCAAUGUUGGGACUCUGGUGGUCAGCAUUGUUGCCAUGAUUAGCCUCAUCCUUGCCAAAGAGCUCAAUAAAUUCUUGAGUAAAAAAAUACCUAUCCCGAUACCUGUGGAGUUGCUUGGUAUCACUAUAGCUACGCUGGUAUCCUGGCAAGUAAAUUUACAGGAAGAAUAUGGAGUGGAUGUAGUUGGAGAAAUUCCAUCAGGCCUCCAGCCACCCAUUUUUCCGGCCGCCUCGCUCUUUGUUCAGGUGAUUGGGGACGCUUUUGCCCUGGCUGUGGUUGGCUACGGCAUUGCCAUCUCACUGGGAAGGAUCUUUGCACUGAAAUAUGGAUACAAGGUGGACAGUAGCCAGGAACUGAUAGCCUUGGGGCUCAGUAACUCCAUUGGGUCACUGUUCCAGUGCAUCACCGUCAGCUGCUCCAUAUCCCGCUCUAUGGUUCAGGAGAGCACAGGAGGAAAGACUCAGGUUGCUGGGGCGCUAUCAGCCAUUGUUAUUCUUUUCAUCACCCUGUGGAUUGGAGCUCUGUUUGAAUACCUGCCCAAGGCAAUGCUGGCUGCCAUCAUUUAUGUGAACCUACAUGGUAUGAUGAAGCAAUUCAUGGACAUACCUGCACUGUGGAGGAGUAGCAAAACAGACAUGAUGGUCUGGGUUGCCACUUUCCUGCUUACUCUGCUGUUGAACCCUGACUUGGGACUUGCUGCUGCUAUUGGCUUCUCAAUGCUUACAGUCAUCUUCAGGACACAGCUACCAACGUACUCCAGAUUAGGGCAGGUUCCAAACACAGAAGUAUAUUGGCCUUUGGAGGACACCAAUCACGUGAGAGAAGUGCCCGGUAUUUUGAUCUUCCGAUCUUCUGCUACACUCUACUUUGCCAAUGCUGAGAUGUAUCAAGACGCACUGGGAAAGAAGUCUGGCUUUGACAUCACCAAAAUCCUGUCAGCGAAGAAGAAACUUGAAGCCAAAAGGAAAAAGUGUAAGAAGGAAAAAGCCAAAAAUCCUGCAGAGAGCAAUGUGUCGGAUAUGGUGGAGGAGCAUGAGAAGGAUGUAGCCACCAUUCAAAUGGAUUUUGAGCUUACUCCGUCAUUGCCCAGAGCCAUCAUCCUCGACCUCAGCCCUGUCAAUUUCUUAGACACUGUAGGAGUCAAGACCUUGCAUGGUAUUGUCAAAGAUUACGGGGAAAUUGGUGUGGAGGUGGUGCUUGCGUGUUGUCAAUCUUGUGUCGUAGAUAAUCUGCAAACAGGCGGUUUCUUCAACGACAAAGUGACAAUGUCUCGUCUCUUCGCCACCGUCCAUUAUGCUGUGCUUCACUGUCAGUUGGUGCAAACGUACAUCUGAGGAGAUCACAGCAACACAUUUCUGAGUGCUAUGAGAGAUAUCAUGAAGAUGAAAGACAAGAAGAUUAUACUCACUGGACUCGCAUAAGUGAGACUUGUAUGCACAGGCCAUUGAUGGGAUGAUAACCCAAACGAAAACAAAAUGCAAAUAAAAAUCAUUUUGGAUUUACAUAUGUCUGUACGAACAUGCCAAGUUGGAAGGAAUUAUAAGCAGUACAGUUAAAUGAAAACACAUGGCAUACUCCUAUGAAAUGACCAGUGACGGACCACAAACAGAAUAGUUCCUAGACCAUCUAGUGUAUCUGUUAAAACAUACCCUGAAAAUUCCUGACAGACAUGAAACAGUAGCUUUGCGUCCCAUAAUAUUGUCAAGUACUGGUCAGAAUUGUUACUUUUAAAAUAGCAAAUGCACAUCGGCAAAUGUGGAUGGCAACCAAAAUGUUGAGGUUAUUUUGGGGUGGGAAAUGAGCUUCAUACCAAAACAAGUGAGUAAACAUAACGAGAAACGUAAGAGAAAGGAUGAGAAAUGAAGACCUUUUCUGGCUAUCCAUCCAUCCAUCCAUCCAUUUUCUUCCGCUUAGCCGAGGUCGGGUCGUGGGGGCAGUAGCUUCAUAGAAAAAUAAAUGGGGAAAAAAUGAAACCUUCCCGACUGCAUUCUGAAGAGAAUUUGUCGUCAUUAUGCCAGUAGUGGUAUAAUUGGAAGAUAAUUAGCACAAUUUCAUUUCAAAAAAGUUAUUAAAGUGAAAUAUUACAAAAUGAAGCCAAUGUUAUGAGU